AAAGCCAUGGUGAACGUGAAGAAGGGAGUGUUGGUGACGAGUGAUCCGGCUUUUCGUCAACUUCUGAUCCAUUUGGACGACUCCAGACAGCUCGGAUCCAAGUUCAUUGUCAGGGAACUCGACGAUACGCAUUUGUUCAUCGAAAAGGAGAUCGUUCCAAUGCUGGAGAACAAGGUGGAACAAAUCAUGGAAAAUAUGAAUCCGGAGGCUGUUGACAAAUAAAUCAAGCUAAUUUCAUCUGAAAAUAACUAAAAAUUCGUAUAUUUUGUUCUUAAACCCCAUUUAAAUAAAUAAACAAUUAAUUUC